UACAAGCUCGAAUAUUUUGCACGCAACGAUUGGCCUGCUUCAUGGAUCACAAAAGCUAAGGGUAUCCUUUGCAAACACUGGGAGGAAUACUACAAGCCCGAUACCUCUAAUGUUGCAGCAUCUAUGUCUCCACCGGCACCAAACAAGGAUCUUUUUGCAGAGAUCGACAACUUCAGCACAUCUGAGCCUUCUGAUGCCCUCGAAGCAUAUCUAUCGUCACCCCCACUGCCGAAGGUUGGAGAUCCCAUCAUGUACUGGCAAAGCCAACUUACUGGGGGUGAUCCACUUGCAAGGAUGGGGCUAGACUUCUUGUCGGCCCCUGCAUCAUUUGUCGAUGUUGAACGGGCAUUUUCCCAGAGUGGUCUUACAGUGUCAAAGCAGCGCCAUGCACUCUCUGAUGAGUCUGUCCGUGCAUCCACAGUCUUUGGCUCA